AUGCUCGCCGCCUGGGCGGACCGCGGCGCGGCGAGGCCGCGCGCGCAGGGCGAGCGCUGCUCCCCGCGGCGCGGCCGGGGGCGCACGGGGGCGAGGCGGGCAGUGGCAGCAGGCGCUGGCGCUGCUCGGGAGGCGGGUGGGGGUGCUGCAGCCGAGCACGAGUCAGUUACGGCGCUGGGAUCAGCGCGUGGGCGAAGGGCGCAGCAGUGGCAGCGGGCUCUGGCGCUGUUCAGCGACAUGCGGGAGGUGAUGUUGGAGCUCGAUGUCAUCUGCUACAGCGUCGGAGUCAGCGCGUGCGAGGGAGGCAAGCAAUGGCAGCACGCGCUGUCGUUGCUCGCUGCGCUGUUGGAGGAGAAUUUGGAGCCAAACACCAUCACGUGCAGCGCCUGCAUCAGCGCGUGCGAGAAAAGUGGACAAUGGAAGCGCGCAUUGUUGUUGCUCGACCGCAUGUCAGAUAUGGCGGUCGAGUGUACGAUUAUCAGUUAUAACGCUGGCAUCAGCGCGUGCGAAAAAAGUGGACGAUGGCGACAUGCUCUGUCGUUGCUCAAGAAGCUUCGGGAUGAGAAGCUACAGCCCGAGAUCAUCACCUACAACGCUGGCAUCAGUGCGUGUGGCACACGCGGACAAUGGCAGCAAGCAGUAUCGUUAUUCCGUGGGCUGUUGGAUGCGAGGUUGGAGCCGAGCGUCAUUCAGCUACAAUGCGGGAGUCAGCGCGUGCGAGAAAGGCGAGCAGUGGCAGCAGGCGUUGUUGUUGCUUGGGGAGUUGUGGGCGGCGGAGUUGGAGCCGACUGUUCUACAGCGCUGGGAUCAGCGCGUGCGAGAAAUGCGGUCAGUGGCGACAAGCGUUCUUGCUUCUCACUCGCUUGUUGGAGGCGAAGGUGGAGCCGAACUCAGUUAUAA